AAAGGCCGGAACAGCUGAAAGGGUGGCAACUUCUCCUGCAGCCGGGAGCGCCCGCCUGCCUCCCCGCCGCCUCCCCGAGGGCUCCCCUCCGGCCGCCAGCGCCCAUCUUUCCCCUCCGAGGUAGAGGGAUUUUGCGCCCACACCGGCACACAGGCGCGCAAAAAGGAGAAAAAAAAAAAAGAAAAAAAAAGGGCCCACCUUCCAGCCUCGUUGUAAAGAGAAGCCGGAGCAGCCGCAGCUCGCACGCAGAGGACGCCCGGAGCCGGGAGCAGGCAGCCGGCGGGCACACGGACCGACGGACUCGCGCCGCGUCCACCUGUCGACCGGGCCGCGCCGAGCGCGCAGCGGGCACGCCGCGCGCGCGUUGCCGCCGUGCCCGCCGCCCGGGCCCCGCGCCAGGGCGCACACGCUCCCGCCCCCCCUCCCCCCCUCCCCGCCCCGGCCCGGGCGGGAGUUUGCACCUCUCCCGGCCUGGGUGCUCCGGCCGCCGCUGCAAAGCCAACUUUGGAAAAAGUUUUUUCGGGGAGACUCGGGCUUUGAGGUGCCGGGCCCUGCGCUUUCCGAUUUGGGCGACCUCUCCAGAAGAUGUUGCAAAAAAGCUAGGCCGGCGGGCAGAGGAAAACGCCUGUAGCCGGCGAGGGAAGACGAACCAUCGAGUGCCGCGUUCCUUCUCUAGGAGGUUGGAGUCCCCGGGGCGCCCCCACACGGCUAGACGCCUCGGCUCGGAUCGCGACGCAGCCCCCCGGCCGUGGAUGCUCGCGCGGGCUCGGGAUCCGCCCAGGUAGCGGCCUCGGACCCAGGUCCCGCGCCCAGGUCCUCCCCAGCCCCCCAGCGACGGAGCCCGGGGGCCAUGCGGGUGAGCGGCGGCGGCGGCUGCAGCGGCCUGAGCGCCUGAUCGCCGCGGACGGGAGCCGAGCCCACCCCCCUCCCCAGCCCCCAACCCUGGCCGCGGGGGCGGCGCGCUCGGUCUACGCGUCCGGGGCCCCGCGGGGCCGGGCCGGGAGUCGGCAUGAAUCGCUGCUGGGCGCUCUUUCUGUCUCUCUGCUGCUACCUGCGUCUGGCCAGCGCCGAGGGGGACCCCAUUCCUGAAGAGCUCUACGAGAUGCUGAGUGGCCACUCCAUCCGCUCCUUCGAGGACCUCCAGCGCCUGCUGCACGGAGACCCGGGAGACGAAGAUAGUGCUGAGCUGGACCUGAACGUGACCCGGUCCCACUCGGGAGGAGAGCCGGACGGCUUGUCCCGCGGCAGGAGGAGCCUGGGCUCCCCCACAGCCGCCGCUGAGCCGGCCGUGAUCGCCGAGUGCAAGACGCGCACCGAGGUCUUUGAGAUCUCCCGGCGCCUCAUCGACCGCACCAACGCCAACUUCCUGGUGUGGCCGCCCUGCGUGGAGGUGCAGCGCUGCUCCGGCUGCUGCAACAACCGGCACGUGCAGUGCCGGCCCACCCAGGUGCAGCUGCGGCCCGUGCAGGUGAGAAAGAUCGAGAUUGUGCGCAAGAAGCCCACCUUCAAGAAGGCCACGGUGACCCUGGAGGACCACCUGGCGUGCAAGUGUGAGACGGUGGCAGGCGUGCGGCCCGCGGCCCGGAGCCCCGGGGGGUCCCAGGAGCAGCGAGCCAAGGCACCCCAGACCCGAGUGGCCAUCCGGACGGUGCGUGUCCGCCGGCCGCCCAAGCGCAAGCACCACAAGUUCAAGCACACGCCGGACAAGAAGGCGCUCAAGGAGACCCUCGGGGCCUAGGGGCAUCGCAGGAGAGUGGGCAGGGUAAUUUAAUAUGGUAUUUGCUGUAUUGCCCCCAUGGGGUCCUUGGAGUGAUAAUGUCCCCCUCGUCCGUCUGUCUCGAUGCCUGAUUCGGACGGCCAUGGUGCUUCUCCUGCCCCGCACGUGUCCGUCCGCCCCCCAGCCGGCCUCCGCCGCAGCGAGAAGGAAGCAGGGCCGAGCCCCGGCGGUGUGGCUGCCUCCUCGAGGAUCUGGGCUGAGCGCGCGCGAGACGGAUGGGGCAGGCGCGCCCGUCUCCUGUUUGGCUCCUGGACCCCUGGCCAGCUCUGAGGGACCCCUCCAGGCAGGCGGGGGCCUCCUGCUCCGCGGGCCAGGCUGCGCAGACUGCGGGAUGGCCGCGCCCGGCCCCUUGGGCAGCUUCUCUUCGCGUCACACGGGAGAGGUCCUCGCCAGUCGGGCCCCUCCGGGAGCUUGUGCAGAGCCCCCGCGGCCGAGCGCCCUCUCAGUAGGCUAGAGAUGAAGCCUGCCCUGGGGUGGACGCCGAUGCGACCUGGGCACCCCUGCCUCCUCCCCCAGCCCCGCCCCCACCCCCGCUUCUCCUCUGUCUCCGUUCACCUGUCUUCCUGAACCUUGCGUCUUCUUCUGCCCUGCCCCCACCCCGCUCCACUGAGGGGCUCCGGGACCCCCUUACCGAGGCUCCAGGUGACCCCGGUCACUCCUCCCAGGGGCCAGGGCAGCAGGGCCCCCGCGCACCGUGUUCCAACCCAAGCAAGACGGCUGUGUGAGGCUGUACAGGGAGCGCGCUGCACCAGGCGCUGUAGGCAGGCAGCGCGGUGCGCACCGUGGACGUGGCCGCGUGCGCAUCUGUUAGGAUGGUUUCUGGCAGACGUGGGUAAAGCAGCUGAGGAAAAGCUUCGUGCUCCUAAUUCACGCGGGCUCCCGGGGUCUGUGGCUGGGGGUGGUCAGACAGGAGGGAGCCCAUGGGCGGGGCCAGGGAGGAAGCACCUGUCCAUCUCGCCCCCUUCUGGGCAGGCGUGAGAAACCCAGGGGGGGCGUCUGGGAGGGGGCAGCCCCCCUCUCCCGCCCCUCCUGCUUGCACUCUCCCCCUUCUUCAACCCCUUCCAGCGCCCCCUCGGGAGGGGGGAGAAAAGGGAGGGGCCCCAGGGCCCCCUAGGGGCGGGGUCUGUGCUCCCACCUCCCCUCCCACCUCCUGGCAGCACUUUGCCCCACCCACCCCCAUCUACUUCCUUCAGUUUGUAAAGUCGGUGAUUAUAUUUUUGGGGGCCUUCCUUUUAUUUUUUAAAUGUAAAAUUUAUUUAUAUUCCAUAUUUAAAGUUGUAAAAAAAAUAACCACAAAACAAAACAAAAUGCUGGGGCCGGA